AUGUUGUAUGAUGGGGAGCGACUGCAGAUAAUUGUUGUUGACAGCUGUGGAUAUCUGGCCAUAUAUUGUUUGAAGAAAGGGAGGAUGCUUGUGAGCAAACGACUCACCAAGCAUCCCAUCGUGUCCAUCUAUCAACGAAUGGAGUGCAAGGAUAUCAUUGUGGUGACGACGAGUGAGAUUCAAGCCUGGAGGAUUGACAGGGAUGUGGGCUACAACCUGCUCAGGGGAGGACACAGUGGCCCUGUUAUUUCGCUGUACACAUGCUCCGGAGGAUUGGCCACACCAAACGAAACAGAUUUCCGUCUUUUCACGGCGUCUCUGGACAACACUGUAAGACUCUGGGACCCAUAUGACCUGCAGUGCCUGCGGGUGAUUGAAGAAACAGAAUCAGAACUGAGCGCCAUGACAUUCUGCGAAACUCUUAAUCUGCUCAUUACAGGUUUGAAUUUUUCUGACUAUGAAAUGGCAGCCAGGAAGCUGUCUACUAUGCGUCUGUUGUCACGGAAAUGGCCGGAGCCAGCCCCUUGGUCUCCAGCAGCUGUCCAGGGACCUCUGUUGAAGGCUUCAUCAAUGCUUUUUCUCGUUGCCAUUUGCACUGCUCUUCAUCUUCUGUCACGUGGCACCAUCACACGAAUCAACAUAUCUAUCAACCAGCUGUGCAGAUCUGCUGGGGACAGCCGAUGCUGA